GGCCGGAUCGCGGCCGGGCCCUUGCCUCCCCGGCCGGUGUCUCUGGCUGCUCGGAGGCGUCGGGAGCCGCGCGGGGCUCGGGGCGGCCCCGGCGCGCGGCGCUGAUUGGCAGAGAGGGCGCCGCCGUCCAGGAAACGGCUCGGGUUUCAGCGGGGGCGUGACCCGCCGCGAGGAGGCGGAGGCGGCGGCGGCGGCGCGGGCGGCGGCGGCAGGAGAACGCGGUGGAGAGCCGAGCGGGCGGGCGGCGGGUGCGGAGCGGGCGAGCGAGCGCGCGCGGCCGCCACAAAGCUCGGGCGCCGCGGGGCUGCAUGCGGCGUACCUGGCCCGGCGCGGCGACUGCUCUCCGGGCUGGCGGGGGCCGGCCGCGAGCCCCGGGGGCCCCGAGGCCGCAGCUUGCCUGCGCGCUCUGAGCCUUCGCAACUCGCGAGCAAAGUUUGGUGGAGGCGACGCCAAGCCUGAGUCCUUUCUUCCUCUCCUUCCCCAAAUCCGAGGGCAGCCCGCGGGCGUCAUGCCCGCGCUCCUCCGCAGCCUGGGGUGCGCUUGAAGCCCGGGAGCCUUGGCGCCGGCGAAGACCCAAGGACCACUCUUCUGCGUUUUGGAGUUGCUCCCCCCAACCCCGGGCUCGUCGCUUUCUCCAUCCCGACCCACGCGGGGCGCGGGGAUAACACAGAUCGCGGAGGAGCGUUGCCAUUCAAGUGACUGCAGCAGCAGCAGCAGCGGAGGCAGCGGCGGCAGCGCCUCGGUCCCUGAGCCUACCGCAGGCUGAAGGCAUCGUGUGCAGUCCAUGCCCGUAGAGGAAGUGUGCAGAUGGGAUUAACGUCCACAUGGAGAUAUGGAAGAGGACCGGGGAUUGGUACUGUAACCAUGGUCAGCUGGGGUCGUUUCAUCUGCCUGGUCGUGGUCACCAUGGCAACCUUGUCCCUGGCCCGGCCCUCCUUCAGUUUAGUUGAGGAUACCACGUUAGAACCAGAAGAGCCACCAACCAAAUACCAAAUCUCUCAACCAGAAGUGUACGUGGCUGCACCAGGGGAGUCGCUAGAGGUGCGCUGCCUGUUGAAAGAUGCCGCCGUGAUCAGUUGGACUAAGGAUGGGGUGCACUUGGGGCCCAACAAUAGGACAGUGCUUAUUGGGGAGUACUUGCAGAUAAAGGGCGCCACGCCUAGAGACUCCGGCCUCUAUGCUUGUACUGCCACUAGGACUGUAGACAGUGAAACUUGGUACUUCAUGGUGAAUGUCACAGAUGCCAUCUCAUCCGGGGAUGAUGAGGAUGACACCGAUGGUGCGGAAGAUUUUGUCAGUGAGAACGGUAACAACAAGAGAGCACCUUACUGGACCAACACAGAAAAGAUGGAAAAGCGGCUCCAUGCUGUGCCUGCGGCCAACACUGUCAAGUUUCGCUGCCCAGCGGGGGGCAACCCAACACCAACCAUGCGGUGGCUGAAAAACGGGAAGGAGUUUAAGCAGGAGCAUCGCAUUGGAGGCUACAAGGUACGAAACCAGCACUGGAGCCUCAUUAUGGAAAGCGUGGUCCCAUCUGACAAGGGAAAUUAUACCUGUGUGGUGGAGAAUGAAUACGGGUCCAUCAAUCACACGUACCACCUGGAUGUUGUGGAGCGAUCGCCUCACCGGCCCAUCCUCCAAGCCGGACUGCCGGCAAAUGCCUCCACAGUGGUUGGAGGAGACGUAGAGUUUGUCUGCAAGGUUUACAGUGAUGCCCAGCCCCACAUCCAGUGGAUCAAGCACGUGGAAAAGAACGGCAGUAAAUACGGGCCCGACGGGCUGCCCUACCUCAAGGUUCUCAAGCACUCGGGGAUAAAUAGUUCCAAUGCAGAAGUGCUGGCUCUGUUCAAUGUGACCGAGGCGGAUGCUGGGGAAUAUAUAUGUAAGGUCUCCAAUUAUAUAGGGCAGGCCAACCAGUCUGCCUGGCUCACUGUCCUGCCAAAACAGCAAGCUCCUGGAAGAGAAAAGGAGAUUACAGCUUCCCCAGACUACCUGGAGAUAGCCAUUUACUGCAUAGGGGUCUUCUUAAUCGCCUGUAUGGUGGUAACAGUCAUCCUGUGCCGAAUGAAGAACACGACCAAGAAGCCAGACUUUAGCAGCCAGCCGGCUGUGCACAAGCUGACCAAGCGCAUCCCCCUGCGGAGACAGGUAACAGUUUCGGCUGAGUCCAGCUCCUCCAUGAACUCCAACACCCCGCUGGUGAGGAUAACAACACGCCUCUCUUCAACGGCAGACACCCCCAUGCUGGCAGGGGUCUCUGAGUAUGAACUUCCAGAGGACCCAAAAUGGGAAUUUCCAAGAGAUAAGCUGACACUGGGCAAGCCCCUGGGAGAAGGUUGCUUUGGGCAAGUGGUCAUGGCGGAAGCAGUAGGAAUCGACAAAGACAAGCCCAAGGAGGCGGUCACCGUGGCCGUGAAGAUGUUGAAAGAUGAUGCCACAGAGAAAGACCUUUCUGAUCUGGUGUCAGAGAUGGAGAUGAUGAAGAUGAUUGGGAAACACAAAAAUAUCAUAAAUCUUCUUGGAGCCUGCACACAGGAUGGGCCUCUCUAUGUCAUAGUUGAGUAUGCCUCUAAAGGCAACCUCCGAGAAUACCUCCGAGCCCGGAGGCCACCCGGGAUGGAGUACUCCUAUGACAUUAACCGUGUUCCUGAGGAGCAGAUGACCUUCAAGGACUUGGUGUCAUGCACCUACCAGCUGGCCAGAGGCAUGGAGUACUUGGCUUCCCAAAAAUGUAUUCAUCGAGAUUUAGCAGCCAGAAAUGUUUUGGUAACAGAAAACAAUGUGAUGAAAAUAGCAGACUUUGGACUCGCCAGAGAUAUCAACAAUAUAGACUAUUACAAAAAGACCACCAAUGGUCGACUUCCAGUCAAGUGGAUGGCUCCAGAAGCCCUGUUUGAUAGAGUAUACACUCAUCAGAGUGAUGUCUGGUCCUUCGGGGUGUUAAUGUGGGAGAUCUUCACUUUAGGGGGCUCGCCCUACCCAGGGAUUCCCGUGGAGGAACUUUUUAAGCUGCUGAAGGAAGGACACAGAAUGGAUAAACCAGCCAACUGCACCAACGAACUGUACAUGAUGAUGAGGGACUGUUGGCAUGCGGUGCCCUCCCAGAGACCAACGUUCAAGCAGUUGGUAGAAGACUUGGAUCGAAUUCUCACUCUCACAACCAAUGAGGAAUACUUGGACCUCAGCCAACCUCUCGAACAGUAUUCACCUAGUUACCCUGACACAAGAAGUUCUUGUUCUUCAGGAGAUGAUUCUGUUUUUUCUCCAGACCCCAUGCCUUACGAACCAUGCCUUCCUCAGUAUCCACACAUAAAUGGCAGUGUUAAAACAUGAAUGAGUGUGUCUGCCUGUCCCCAAACAGGACAGCACCGGGAACCUAGCUACACUGAGCAGGGAGACCAUACCUCCCAGAGCUUGUUGUCUCCGCUUGUAUAUAUGGAUCAGAGGAGUAAAUAAUUGGAAAAGUAAUCAGCAUACGUGUAAAGAUUUAUACAGUUGAAAACUUGUAAUCUUCACCAGGAGGAGAAGAAGGUGUCUGGAGCAGUGGAUUGCCACAAGCCACCACGUAACCCCUCUCACCUGCCACGCGUACUGGCUGUGGACCAGUCGGACUCAAGGUGGACAUAUGUUCUGCCUUCCUUGUUAAUUUUGUAAUAAUUGGAGAAGAUUUAUGUCAGCACACACUUACAGAGCACAAACGCAGUAUAUAGGUGCUGGAUGUAUGUAAAUAUAUUCAAAUUAUGUAUAAAUAUAUAUUAUAUAUUUACAAGGAAUUAUUUUUUGUAUUGAUUUUAAAUGGAUGUCCCAAUGCACCUAGAAAAUUGGUCUCUCUUUUUUUAAUAGCUAUUUGCUAAAUGCUGUUCUUACACAGAAUUUCUUAAUUUUCACCGAGCACAGGUGGAAAAAUACUUUUGCUUUCAGGGAAAAUGGUAUAACAUUAAUUUAUUAAUGAAUUGGUAAUAUACAAAACAAUUAAUCAUUUAUAGUUUUUUUGUGUAAUUUAAGUGGCAUUUCUAUGCAGGCAGCACAGCAGACUAGUUAAUCUAUUGCUUGGACUUAACUAGCUAUCAGAUCCUUUGAAAAGAGAAAUAUUUACAAUAUAUGACUAAUUUGGGGAAAAUGAAGUUUUGAUUUAUUUGUGUUUAAAUGCUGCUGUCAGACGAUUGUUCUUAGACCUCCUAAAUGCCCCAUAUUAAAAGAACCCAUUCAUAGGAAGGUGUUUCAUUUUGGUGUGCAACCCUGUCAUUACGUCAACGCAAUGUCUAACUGGACUUCCCAAGACAAAUGGUACCAGCGUCCUCUUAAAAGAUGCCUUAAUCCAUUCCUUGAGGACAGACCUUAGUUGAGAUGAUAGCAGAAUGUGCUUCUCUCUGGCAGCUGGCCUUCUGCUUCUGAGUUGCACAUUAAUCAGAUUAGCCUGUAUUCUCUUCAGUGAAUUUUGAUAAUGGCUUCCAGACUCUUUGGCGUUAGACACGCCUGUUAGGAUCUUCAAGUCCCAUCAUAGAAAAUUGAAACACAGAGUUGUUCUGCUGAGAGUUUUGGGGAUACGUCCAUCUUUUUAAGGGAUUGCUUUCAUCUAAUUCUGGCAGGACCUCACCAAAAGAUCCAGCCUCAUACCUACAUCAGACAAAAUAAUCACGGUUGUUCCUUCUGUACUAAAGUAUUGUGUUUUGCUUUUGAAACACCAACUCACUUUGCAAUAGCCUUGCAAGAUGAAUGCAGAUUAUACUGAUCUUAUGUGUUACAAAAUUGGAGAAAGUAUUUAAUAAAACCUGUUAAUUUUUAUACUGACAAUAAAAAUGUUUCUACAGAUAUUAAUGUUAACAAGACAAAAUAAAUGUCACGCAACUUAUUUUUUUAA